GAAAGAAAGAGUUUCACAUACAUCAUCUCAUCACCACCAAAAUGCACCUGAGUGGGAAUGUGAAGCCAACCACUGGCAAUGUGUUGUGGAAGUGAGCAGAACUUUCACUUUACAGAUACAGGACGAUGAGGCAUGAAUGUGACUGGUUUGGAUGUUGUGGGGAGUUUCAUGACUCGGUACAUGCACAGAUAUUUGCACGGGGACUGACCCACUUGUUUGUGAGACCAGCCUUUGCUAGGGGCAACAAUUAUUCCCAGAGUGUUCUUUCAUAUCAACCCAGCCUGCUGACCCCCUUUCAAACAUCAUUUUUAAUUAAAUUCUUCUCUUCUUUGACCAUCUUGGAAACACUUACGCUUGGAAACACUUACGCUUCACAAGAGUUGACUUGUCUCCAUUUAUCCAUUGCACGUCAACAAAUGAUGUAUUUUUGUGCGAGAGCUUCACCUGAUCGUUUUGGGACUGACCAUGCGUGCCUAAGCCUGUUGCUUCUGGACUGUUUACGCAGUGCCAUAGCUAUGGACUAUAUGUCCUCUCGCAUGUUAUUUAAGUUUCUGCUAUGUGGGCACUCAGCAUGCUGUAGCCAUGAGAGAGAUGGAGAGAGGGGGGGUGGAAGAGAUUACCCACAAAUGUUCAGCGCUACUGUCAUGUAUUCCAUGGGCACAGUUUAUCUCUCCGAUUACGUUUUAAGUAGCCCUCCAACUUUGGACAUGUCACCCAAGCCUUUAUUUGAUUAUUUCCAUGGCCUCCUGUGUUAUCUGUUGUGGAUGGACACACAUGAAGUGCUUGUGUGUUCUAUCCCACAUGUGCUAAGAAUACUCUUGUGGACAGUCGUCAAGGUGCCUUUUUAAUCACACAGAGUGGGUGCCUGCACAGUCAGCGAAGUGGGAUUUAUCGCUCUCAUUACCCAUUACCCUCUUUUUACUGUUUCUUUUUUUCCAUUUACAUGUGUUUUGGUUUGUAAAUACCAAGUGUACUCUUCAUGUAAACGUUUUGUUUGUGUGAGUGUACGGAUAUUCAUAAAACUACAUGUGCUUUAGUUGUUGGCUGUUGAAAUGAGCAGUUAUUGCAAGGCACAUAUAAUUUCAGUCAUUUUUAAUUUUUAUAUUUCCACUCUUGACUCUUGACAUGCAGAGGUUUUAAACCUAACAAGGACAUAUCUCUAUGACUGGCACAUACUUUAUGUCCUUAAUAUUCUCCAUGCAUGUGCUUCUUUCACCUCCUCACUGCAUCUGACAUACUGCUCUCCUACACAUGUGCUGCACACAUCCCUCUGUGUUCAUACAAUCUCUUACAACUUGUGUGCAGCACAGCAAAGACAGCCCUCAUGUUUCAACAUCAAAAUCCCCUGAAAUGGUGCAAAUCUGGCUCUGCUGACACACUGGUCCCACUGGAAGAGGAGCUGCUGGUAUGGAGGAUCCCUCUAGCAGUGGCGGUGGCAGGGUACCUCCUAUUCUGCUGAGUAGGACUGUCUGUAGGGCUGCGGCAACUGGAGAUGUCCUGGAAUGAUGGUGGGGUUUAUGGUGCAGGGCAUUCCUCAAUAAGCUGGCAGUAUGGAGGAGAAGAUUACCAUUGUCAGGCAGCUGUGUCAGAGGUACGUGAACGUUUUGUACAAAUUCCUCGCUAAUGGCCUGGUGGGUUUAGUCACUCAAAACCUGUUCUAUAAAUAUCUCUAUAGGGACAGAAGUGUGUCUUAGUUUAGGGAUGGGGUGGUGGUGGUGGGGGGGGGGGGGGGGCAUCUGAUUAGGGGGUUUAUAAAGCCCUCACCCAAGGAGCUACCCUUCACUUCCAUUUUCACUGACUCCAGUGAGAGAGAACUCCAGCAUCUUCCACCAGCCUCCCGUCUCAACCUCCAUCUCCCCGAUGUCUGAGAAACGCCUCCAGAUCAGCAUGAAUCGCCAGCCCACCUGGGAUCCCUUCCGCGACUGGCAGCAGGGCAGCCGCCUCUUCGACCAGGGCUUUGGCAUGCCCCACUUCCCCGAGGACCUCGGCCAGUGGACCAACUCCCACUGGCCCGGCUACAUGAGGCCCCCCGGCUCCAUGUACGACAGUGGCGUCUUCUCCCAGGGCCCUUACGCCCGCGCCCUGUCCCGCCAGAUGAGCAGCGGCAUGUCCGAGAUGAGGCAGACACGCGACCACUGGAGGGUCUGCCUGGACGUCAACCAGUUCUCCCCCGAGGAGCUGGUGGUCAGAACCAAGGAUGGGAUGGUCGAGAUCAUUGGGCAACAUGAGGAGAGGAGGGAUGAGCAGGGAUUCAUUUGCAGAAGUUUCACCAGGAAAUACACUCUGCCCCCCACCGUUGACUCUGAGAAGGUCACCUCCACUCUCUCACCCGAGGGUGUGCUGACAGUGGAGGCUCCUCUUCCUAAACCUGCCCUGCAAGUGGGUGAGGUGUCCAUCCCCGUCUCCAAGAUGAAGAAGUAAACGAGAACCUCAGCACAACAUCUGAGGAGUCAUUGAUCGUCCCGAAAAUGAUUCUGCCGCAGACACACAUCUGCCUUACAACUGAUCAACCUGCUGAGCUUUUGGUUCCUUAUUUUUCAGCUUUGUACUGUGUUAUGUGAUGUCAGUUUUUUCAUCCAUAACUCUUUGAACAAAGUAACCAAUCACUUUACCAUUUGCUGUGAUUCCGUCUAUACUUUGCUUUCAAUCUGUACCCAUCAUGUUGUCAAAAUAAGCUGUCAAAACAAUUGUACGACCAUUGUUUUAUGAUGGUUAUGCAACCAAUCAGUGAGAAGGGAAUCAGACAUAUGUAACCAUUUUGUCGAUCAAAUCACAAGUGAAAUAAUGGAUAGAAUGGAAAAUACAAGUGUCUGUACUGAAAAGCUACAUAAUUGCAUAUUGGGAAGAAAUAAAAAUGUCUUUUGGAAAUUCAAAGUAAAGUAUAUGUUUUUCAUUCUUCAAAAUAGCAAUGUUGAGGUCAAAGAUGAAGGGAAUGACAUGCAUCGUGAUCAAUGAAAUAUAAAAAAUAAUAAUAUCCCACUCAGACAUAGAGGGACUCAAAAGACUGGACCCCCAACAAAAGCUGUGAUCGCUAAUUGGAUAAGCUGUGUUUGCCUAGGGCUUCAUCACAUUUGCGGAGACUCUGCUCAAUUUGUAACUUGAACAAACAAAACAAAACAAAAACCUGUCAUCUGUCCUAUACACUAUGUAUCCUAAACACCUAUGUGAUUAAUAUUUAACCCCUACGUGGGGCUUAAUGACCCUUAGCCUGAGUUAAAACCAAGCAACUGACACAUACUAGAUAGCAGAUGACUUUGCUCUCAAACUCAGAACUCUCUAAUAUAGUGCACUCAGUUACACUCACUUCUCAAGAACAAAGAACGAAGUACAAGUUUUCUGUAACUUUGUGUCCCGUCUUCGCCCUUGCAAGUAUUUAAGUUCUACCGGAGUCUGCUGUGCUGGCAUUAUUACAUAAAAUCAACACAGCAGGUGUGAAAGACAGUGUAUUAUCUUAACUGUAACUGAUACCCCACCAUGAAGUGGCGGUGGCUCAGUGGUGGAGCGCUAUAUAUAGCUGGGUCACUGUUAUGCAAGGGAGUGUUGAUCCCCGAACAAGUAAGUGAUAGAUUGGGACUGCUUGUCAAAAUGAUGCCCAGGGACUACCAAGGAGCCGCUGUGAGUCUGCCAGGCACAGGUUAUUUAUAGAAGGUCUGCUGUAUUCUUAGGAACAAUUUUGACAGUUCCUCCAGUAUUUUUGUCUUUUUAUGUGCUUUUAUGUUGGAGGAUUAUAUAACCUGUGUUCAUAAUUAAUACAAGAUUAGGGUUUUUUGGCAACUCUGCAGCUGGUGGGACUAAAUAUUUAUGGAACUAAUUGUACAUGCCACGGGACCUGAUUUAAUACUAAUGCACUUUGACAGACUUUGCAAAAAUACUUCUUUUGAAAUGUUAAACAGUUAAACAUGGUGAUACCCUCACUUUCCACAGAAGACAUUUAAAAUUAAGCAUUUUAUUUACAAAAGCACAUGCAAAUCAUAUCAUUACCAUUCAUAUCUAGCUUGGCUUGAUGGCACAUAUAAAUCAUUGUCAUUGUACAGGUCUGCUUGUUACAUUACAGAAGGUACCGGGAUGUUCUGCCGCCCAGUGGUAAUAACUGGAACUACUGUUCUUGACGCCUUGAGGGGUGCUAUAUUUCCCCCUAUGUAUAGGAUGUGUACAGCACAAACGGAUGACGGAUGGAGAUGCUUGAGUGGCUACAAAAUAUCGGGGUCUAUAAGAUAGACAGACAGAAAUAAAUACUGAAAGAGGAAGAAAGAAAGAAAGAAAGAAAAGUCAACACAGAUAGGAAAAAAUA